CGAACAUUUAUUUACAACUUCAAACUUGCUUACAUUGUUUGUUAUUUCCAGCUUCACUCAGUUAUCUACUUCUCCAUUUAUCAAACUCAACUCAUUCUUCACUUAGUAGGAAAAAACGCAAUGAAAUGAAAGAGAUUGUGUUGUGUUGUGUUGUGUUGUUGUGAUUAAUAAAUGGCUGCCACGUGUUGUAACCUCACACAUGCUUCUUCUUUCCUAAACAACCACCUCUUCUACUUCAAAAGGUGCCAUUUUAUUUCCAAAAGUUCAAAAUGUACUAUUAAUGUGGAAAAAGUUUUACAUAGGAGAUGUAGAGGAAAGUUGCAAGUUCAAAGAAGGCAUCAACGUGUGUGUUGUAAUGGAAUAGUAGAAUUGACCUCUUCUUCUAGGUUUGAAGAUGUUGGAGAGGAAAUUGAAGAGGAUAUUUCAAUGGAAACAUUGAUUUGGAGGGCAAUUAAGUUGCCCAUUUACUCUGUUGCUUUGGUCCCUCUCACUGUAGGCAGUGCAGCAGCGUAUUUACAGACAGGCAUGUUCUCAGCUAAAUGCUACUUUGUUCUCUUGGCUUCUUCAGUUCUUGUUAUUACCUGGCUCAACUUAAGCAAUGAUGUUUAUGAUUUUGACACUGGAGUUGACAAGAACAAAAAGGAAUCAGUUGUAAACCUGGUUGGAAGCCGUACAGGAAUCUUUGUUGUUUCUUACUUAUGCCUUGCUCUCGGCUUCGCUGGACUUUCUUGGGCUGCUGUUGAGGCACGAAACACACGUUCAGUAUUGUUUCUUACUUGUGCAAUUAUUUGUGGCUAUAUAUAUCAGUGUCCGCCGUUUCGGUUAAGCUAUCAAGGGCUGGGAGAGCCUUUGUGCUUUGCAGCAUUUGGUCCUUUUGCCACUACUGCUUUCUAUUUAGUUCAGGGCAGUUCAAGUGUGAGGAACAAUUUCCCCUUGAGUGGAACAGUUCUUUCAGCAUCAAUCCUUGUUGGUUUCACAACAUCUCUUAUCCUUUUUUGCAGUCAUUUCCAUCAGGUGGAUGGAGACAAAGAAGUUGGAAAAUUAUCGCCUUUGGUUAGACUUGGCACUGAAAAAGGUGCAGAGGUAGUGAAAGUGGCAGUGUUGAUGCUCUAUGCUCUUUUGGUUGCUUUUGGUCUAAGCAAGAUACUUCCUCUCACUUGCAUUUUCCUUUGUGCGUUGACAUUACCGGUCGGAAACCUGGUAGUUAGAUUUGUCCAAGACAAUCACAAGGACAAAAACAAGAUUUUCAUGGCCAAGUACUUUUGUGUGAGGUUGCAUGCUUUGUUUGGUGCUGCACUGGCUUUUGGAUUGGUAUUGGCUAGAAUGGUUAAUACAAGGCUACUACUCAGAUGAGGAUAGGGUUUUGGUAAAAGAAAAUUAUUUGAAGUAAGGAUUUUGUUCAAGAGGAUCAAGGAUGCAACCCUUUGUGGUGCAAGAGCAAUAUGUUUUUUUGGGUCAUGAACACUUCCUCCGAACACAAAUUUUAAACAUUUUUCAUUCUCUUCGCCCUUAGCUUCAUCAACAAGCUUUUGGCUUACUGCAUCAAUCAGAAGAGGUCAAAGGAUGAUUCUACUACCUAGGCGCCUCACUUUAACUUUGUAGUUGAUAUUGAUUAAUAGCAUGGCAACAUUUGCUGAUAGGAAUUUUUUUAUCUAAGAAAAACAAUCACACCUCUUCCUAAUGAUAAGAGACAGAUUGAAUAUGUGUUGUACUAUUAUAUUUUCCAAGAAACUUUAAUUGAAAUUGGAUUUACCAUUUUACCGUAUGAACUCCAACACAGAUGUAUCUAAAACCUAAUAUUGUAAUCCUAAUUAUAGUUGCAGACUACAA